GAUGCACUUUGUUCGUUCAAUCAAAGAUUCCUUCCUUAAAAUUGUAAGGAAUAAAAGAAAAAGAUUCAAUGCCGUGAUUAGUUUUGUCGCAUUCCUCAUUGUAACUGCCACGAAUCGCUUUAAAUGUUAACUAAGUUCUUGUUCUCCAAAAGAAAAUAUCGCGAUAAUCCCCUCCCGAAACUCCUACGCUUUUUUAGACUACAUCGGAUACUAUAUAAGAAUUUGGAAACAUUUUUAAGACAGCUAUUUACUAAUUUCUUUGGUUUGAAGAACCAGAAUAAGAAAAACGUGAAUUAAAACAUUGGAAAAAAAUUAAAUAAUUUUAAUAAUUUAAUUUAAAUGAAAUGGCUUCAAAGUGGAGUAAUAACACAAGAGCCCACGCAAAACCAAAUAAUGGCACAAGAAAGUUUCCACAAGGUACUUUUGACUAUGUAAACCGUGAUAAAUACGAAUUCGGUGAUUAUGGAUAUGGAAAAAAUUCGGUGAAACUUCUUCAUGUAGAAAGAAAUAGCCCAAGGCAUGCGAUAAGAGAAUACGAGGUCGAUGUUCACUUAAAACUAAACUCACAAUUAGAUUAUCUAGAAGGGAAUAAUAAAGAUAUCGUCGCUACUGAUUCUCAAAAAAACACCGUUUAUAUUUUGGCGAAGAAAAAUGGUAUUAAAACACCCGAAGAAUUCGGUUUGUUAGUUUGCAGUCAUUUUUUAUACACAUACAAACAUGUUAUCGAAGUGAAUGUAAAAAUCGAUGAGUAUCCUUGGGAGCGAUUAAAAGCCGAUGAUGAAGAACACAACCAUGCCUUUGUGUUUAAUCCUUGUGCGAUUAGAUUUGCUAUGAUUUCACAAAGAAGACAUGGUUCCCCAAUUAUUGAAUCUGGAUUAAAAGAUUUAAGAGUUUUAAAAACAACACAAUCAGCUUUUAAAGAUUUUAUCCAAGAUGGUUAUAGAACAUUACCCGAUACAAACAAUAGAAUUUUUAGUACUAUUGUAACCGCAACGUGGACAUUUUCAACAGCGGAUGGUGUGGAUUUUGAUUCGGCUUGGAAUUCAGUUAGGGAUUGCAUUAUCGAUAAAUUCGCUGGUAAUCCUGAAACGGGGAUAUUUUCACCAUCAGUUCAAAAUACGUUGUAUUUAGCUGAAAAAAUGGUAUUGGAUAAAAUCCCACAGGUUUCCAAAAUAGAAAUGGCAAUGCCAAACAAACAUUACUUUGAAGUAGACAUGACGAAAUUUCCAGCUCACGUAGUGGAAGGAGAGGAUAAAAACAACGAGGUCUACUGGCCUAUUGAUAAACCAUCCGGAAUUAUUUACGCAGAGUUAUUACGGAAAGAUAUUACGUCAAAAUUAUGAAAUAAUAACGUAAAAAUAUUAUCCGUAUUAAAUAACCUCUUUGUUUUAAAUAACAAAACAUGUUAUUCCAGUCUUUUUUAAAA